GUCAAAGGGCUACCAGUAGCCAAACUCUGCCCGAGAUAGCUGCCCCGUUGUACUUUUGGUUAAUUAGAUGUGAACUACCUUGAGGUAAAUGGGCCUUAAUUCCAGGAAAGUGACUGCAUUGUUAAUAUUCAGUCUGAAUUGAUAUUUUGGUUGAAGGAGAGGUGCCUAGGUUAAGGCCCUGUGGAUUUUAAACCAUAGACAGAAAAGUCCCCUUCACUAUUUAAAAAGAAUUUACUUAACUACUUGUUCAUGUAAGCCUUACUUCCUUCCCCCGUAUUUCUGUUGGUUCCCCUCAUUAAAACUAUACAUGUUGGUUCUGUGAUGAAUCAUGUAAUCCAAAUCAAGUUGUAAAUUUCAGAAAAUAUUUUUAAAAGUAGAAGAGAAGUCAGCCAGUCAGGACAAGACAAAAGGAGAAGCUAAGAGAAGUUAUAUUAAAUAUGAUGGAGUUCGUACAGAAAACUGGCUUCUCUUGUCUUUGGGUUUGACAGGAGCUGGUGGCUGGGAGCAAGUAGGGGAGAAUCGGCUCUCAUGGACAGAAAUGGGGGGUCUAAUAAUCCUCUUUCUCAACCCCCCUCCCUUGCAGAUGCCUGAGCCUGGAAGCAACUGUUGACAGGAUGUUUGCUAUGCACCCUCCCAAUGCUUCUCAAGCACCUGCCAUUCAUCCAGUGAACAAUUCCUCCUUAGAUCAUACAGAGCUGGUGAAGGCUUCGAGCGCUUCUUCUCCUGCUGCCCCCAUCUUCUCCAUGACCUUGGGGGCAAUCUCUAAUAUCGUAGCCUUGGUAAUCCUAGUGCAGUCCUACGCCCGCUUCCGGCGUCGUUCCAAGGCCACAUUCCUACUUUUUGCCAGCAGCUUGGUUAUCACAGACCUAGCAGGCCAUGUCAUCCCAGGGUCCUUUGUGUUGCAACUGUAUGCCACACGGCGAAAUUGGACAUCAAUGGAUCCCUCUGAAGCUCUCUGCAAGUUCUUUGGUGCUUCCAUGGUAUUCUUUGGACUAUGCCCUCUCUUUCUGGGCUUCAUCAUGGCCGUGGAGCGCUGCAUUGGCAUCACUCGUCCUCUGCUUCAUGCUGCAGUGGUCACGCCAGGCCGAACGAAGCUCUCCUUGGUAGGACUGUGGACCAUUGCUCUUGCCAUUGCCCUGUUGCCUCUCUGCAGUUUUGGGAAAUACGCUGUGCAGGCCCAAAGCACUUGGUGUUUUAUCAAGGUGCAAAAGACAGAAGAAUGGACCGAGGUAGCUUUUGCCCUGCUCUUCUCCCUUUUGGGAUUGGCCUCUCUGGUGGCCUCUCUCAUCUGCAACACAUUCAGUGGACUCAUUCUGGUGCGAGCUCGUCUCCGUAGUCAGCGCAAAUGUGGUCGGCGGAGAGCCAAAGCUCAUGACAUUGAAAUGGUUGUACAGCUUGUGGGCAUCAUGGUGGUCUCCUGUAUUUGUUGGAGUCCAUUAUUGGUCAUUGUCAUCUUAUCAGCAAGCAACUCUCAUAAAGCUUUGAAUUAUGAUCGGCUGCUGUUCCUUGGUGUGCGCAUGGCUGCCUGGAACCAGAUCCUGGACCCAUGGGUAUAUAUAUUGCUGCGACGCGCAGUGCUGCGUAAGCUCCUGGCUCUAUUUCUAAGGCGCCCCGACCUCAAAACAAUACAUUUUGACCGCUGGGAGGCCAGCUCCUUCCAGAGCUCCGAGCGCAGUGUUGCUGCUGGUCACAUCUAGCAUUGGGUGCAGCAAACAAGAAUUGAUCGACUUGAAAGCACUUUGAACCUUCCUGGAAUUCAGAAUCUAGCAAUCUUGGUGGCAGCGGCUGGUAUAGGGAAUGCCACAGAUAAAUUGGUUUCGAAUCAUGGCAGCAAAUAAGAAGCUCAGUAUUUUGAAACAGCCUCUUGCCUGUUUCUGACUUUCAUAUGAGAGGGAGAGCAAGAGAUGCAUGACCUUCUUGGAAGAUAUAAUGAUGACAGUUUUUUGGGGUUAAUCAAGGGCAUCCACAGAAAGGGUGAGGGAGAAUAAAUAUAUCACAAUGCAAAUGAAAAAUCACGAUGCUCAUGAAUUAAUUUUGAUAUCAUGGUGGUUUCUAUUGAACACCUAUGGAUGAGACCUUUGCUCAAUGGUAAAGAAUACACUAUACAUUCCUGAUACUUCCUGUAAAGCGGAAGUGAGAACUAUGUCUGCUCUCAGAUAGUCAUCCGUAUCAAAAGAAGACAGUUCUUGACCAGGUAAAGGAAAGCAGGCCAGUAUGUUUUGAUAGGAAAACGAUGAUUUAAUGCAUUUUGAAAGCCAUUAUGUCCUUCCUGAUACUGCGCACAAUGAACAGCCUGGCCAAUUAUUCAUGCUAUAUUCCAAAGCUGAAUAAUGCCAUCUAUGACUUUCUUGCAUAGUGCAAUAGCAACUUCUCGAAGAGUUUAAAAUCUGGGCGAGAAGACAUCCCAGGUAGCCUCCUUCCUUGGAUACUCAGUUCAGGUAGAUCAGCAUCCUGCUGCACUUCCCUAGCCAGAGAGUAGCCAUUCAAGUCAAGACAGGUAUAUUUAACAUGUCUGCCAGAAAUGACCUGGAUUCUUGGGAGCCUAUGAUGCAGAUUUUCCACAGUGUUGAGGCAGCUGCAUUACUGCAGCGUGUAAAGGAAUUGAAUGGGUCUAAAAUUUGCUGCGCUUCUACACAAGGAAUCUGACGCAAAAUAUCACUUCGUCUCACCAUCACAUACAGAUCGCGCAGCAGUUGCAGUGGAGAAAACAAAGGCAUGGACUUCAGGGUUCAGGAUGGCCUUUAAUUUAAACAUGAAUGUAAAAAUUCUAGAGAGCCCUUUCAUGGGCAUCGUGGAGAGAUUUUUUUUAAAAAAAAGGUUGAAAAUGUGAUCUCGUGGGGCCUCCCAAACUCAAGAAUGUUAAGGAAGAAAGCGCCUUUCAAAAGAGUAAAUAGACCCACAGCAUUGUUUACACAUAGAAGAGAUUCUCAGCAGUUCUGUCCUAGGAUGGAUUCCAACAAAUGGUUGCCGAUGAUCCAGCAAAAUAACAUCCUUGGGGAACUGGUGGGGCUGACCCACAGACUGCAAGGGGGAUGCCUCCGUCUGCUGCUCUACUCCAAGCUCUGGGAAGCUGUGAAAAGCAGAGCAAGGACAAAGGGAGAAAGCCCUGAAAUGAUUGAUCUGUAGGGGCAUUGAGCUGUGACAUAGCCCUGCCCUGUGGGAACCCUUAAUCAGCACCAGGCACUCCACAAUGAAGCACUUCAGUGGGCAUUCUGGCCCUUCAUGCUUUAUGUUCUUCCCUGUCUCUGACUUGUUUCGCACAUGCUUGCUGUCAGCAGCCUGUGCCAGCCCAACUAAUCUAGUCAGCCUCGGGGUCCCAUUUAUUGUUCCAUGUGCUUUGUUUUCAUUCAGUGGCUGCUUAUUGUCAUCUGGCAGCUGGAGCAUGUAAAAAUCAAGCUUCCAGAAUCCUGGCUGGCAAACAAGUGGGAUCAAACAGCAGAAGGCAAAUCUGUCACCGUUAUGGGAAUUAGUUGGGGGGAAAAAAGAGGUGAAGAUGGAGAUCUGUUGCUCCAGAUUCAAGUUUUCCACACCAAUUUACACCCCGGGUAUUGCCCCACCAACCUUCUCCUUCAGUAUGUUUGUAAACACACAGCUGUUUUGCUAUGUUCCUGUACUAUCAAGUGGGCUGUGCUCACAACGUGACACAGCUGCAGCCGAAAGGGGUCUCUGCUGUCCAUCAAACUUUUAAUAAAUUAUUUAUUUGUGUGCAACAUUCUAAAGACCAUGUUUGGUGGUGCCUUGGCUGAAAUUCCAUUGCUACACACACAACACUUCGGUUAAUCCAUGCGCUAUUUUUUGCUUUUCUGUUGUACUAGCGACCAAUUGAAUUUUAAAACAAAAUCCUUGAAACUAUGAGUUAACUGUUUAACUACCAACAACUGGUGGCAUCAAAAACUAGUAAUUCUGUAUUACUCGACUGCCAUUUAGUGGUGGUCUGAAUCUCUGCAGCUGCUAGAAAUGUGCCAGAGGUUGCAAAAGAGGAAUUUCAGUAUGGUAGUUGUAAACUAUUUGAAAAGCUACACAAGGAGCAGUGGUGGGAGAUUCCCUGCCGGGCAGGCUACAGAAAGUGCAAGAUACACAGUGUCGUUAUGCAGUGCUCGUAUGCAGUAUCUGGAGGCAAGGUUAGAGGGAAAACAUCCAGAAUAGAAUAAGAAUUCCCAGUUGCAGGUAGACAGCGAGAUACAGGCAACUGUGCAGACAUAUCCUUUGAAAAUAGCCAGAGGAAUGACAGUCUUUAUACCCAGGGAAGGAUGUUGUAUAGAUUUGCCCAUAUUUCUCUCCCCCGAGCAUGCUUUGCCCUCUGCAGCCUUCAUAGAAUUCCUCCUAGUGCAAGAAGCAUGCGCUUUCAGUUUAUUGGACAUUCGGAAGUCUUUGUCACCUAAUAACACAGACCAGAGUUUGUUGAAAUCCACCUUAUUUACUAGUCCAAAGGCUUUGCUGUGGGCUAAGAGGGGUCAAAGGGAACAGUUUGGACUGGCUUGCAAGCAAGGUUGGAAAACCGCCCAUCCUCCAUUCCCUUCUGUUAUAAAUUGGAAGCCAAUACAAGAGCAGGCACUGGUAUGAAGCAUUCUGAUGCAUUUGUGGGCAGAGGCCUGGUAUAUGGGAAGCCUUAAUCCCACAUCUUGAGCUUCAACUGGCAGCUUCCUGACUGUUAUGGAAAGCAAAAUGCUAGAACAGAUGGACCAGUCUGAUGGAGAACUUUCUCAUGACAGCUGCUUUUAAGCUUUGUCUCCCCCUUCUGACUACCACAGGUACUGCUUUAAUCUUCAAAA